CAAACUGCUGUUUGACUUUAAACAAAUAAACCCUAAAGGAGUGAUCCCACCAAGGCAGCUGAUAAAACAUCAGCCAGCUCAAAGACUCAGGCGUGCAAGCCUUUCGUUCUACCAUGGUUGACAACCUCAUCACAAAGCCACUUGGAUUGGUGUUGCUCGCCACGGCACACAUGGUUUGCAAUGGCCCCGGUCAAGCAAAGGUCAACGGGACCCUCGGCAGCAACGUCACCCUACAAUUCACAUUCAAUGACACCGUCGUUAGUGAUCACAGUUAUUUUGCUAUUUAUAUAACCGGCCAUAAAAAGAUUGCUGAGUAUAACAGCAAAGGUGGCAUCGGAGGAGGUGUUUUUGAUAUUUACCAAAACACAUCCAUACGAUACCACAUCACAAGACUCAAACAAAAUCAAAGUGGGACUUACUGGGCCAGCUUGUUCUUAGGCUCUGGUCUUCCAAAAGAAAGCAACAAAGUGCACCUUAUCGUCCAGUUGGAGAACAGAAACAACACAGAUUCUCCACUGCCAAACAACACCACAGAAAUCGAAGAGCGUGGAAGUCCCGGUGUAUUUUCCUUUGACAUCGUCACUGUCCUCGUGGUUUUGUCUGUUGUGCUGUUAGCUGCAGUGCUCCCCUUGCUCACCUGGUGUCUCAUGAGAGCCAAAGACACACAACAGCAACAACAACCACAACAAAACUCUAAUAUCACUGUACAGCAGGAAACAGUUGAAGAGGCCACCAGUGUACCUCCGCCCUCUCUGGUCUACAGUGUCCUGGACUUCCCCAGAAGAUCUCCCACACCUUUGCACGUAGACCCAUACGAUACGGAGUAUGCUAAUGUUAGCUAUCUGCCGGAAAAGCGACGCAUGUGAUCGUCCACUUAAUGCAAAACUGUUUGUCGGUGGCGUCAUGAAGAAAGGUUUGACACAUGAUUUAUACACACUGUAUACCGUGUACGUGAAAUAUACAAAACAGUUAUGUAAAAAAUGUAGGUUGUGGAGGAAAGAAAAGGAUAUUUUCAUAUCAGUCACUGUUCCGCAGGAUUGAAUGGUAGCAGUUACUAUAGUUUCAGUAAUUACCCAAAUAUUUAUUUGUCUUGGUUUUGUGUGCUCACUUCUACCAAGUGGCCCGGUGCAGUUCAGCUUGCCGCAGUGACGUUUGGAAUGGUGCACAAUGGCUGUGUGGUUUGGGUGGUCAUAGCUGCAUCAGCUACUUUAAUAGGGUGACAUCAUACCAAACAUUGUGGUAACAUCACACAGUUAUCGCUGCACGCUGACAUUUUUAACUGAAAUUAAACACAAAUGGUCUUUGAUCCUCUCGUUUAGUGUUUUUUUUGGUUUCCUGUUGAUGCAUAAAAGUGAUGAAGGAGUUUGUGCUCCAGUCAUGCAGGAAGUACUGAACAAAUCUUUUGAAUGAACUAAUUCUAAUGAUUCAGUACAUGGAAAAUAACUGCUUUACAAGUCACUAGUUUGUGUGUGAACUUUGACUGAAAGUAUGAACAUAGUUCUGUCAUCAUCAUAAUUAGAACUACACUUCAGAGACUGUGGUUGUAUGAGAGACGAUUGUUCAAGUGUUCACUCUUUAUAUGUAACUAGCUCACAUUCAUUUGAACGUUACAGCAGUGAAUCUAAUGUGCCUUUAACCCGUCCUUUUUCACACUGUCUUCUUAGCCAUCCUGUCUGAUUUGAUAGUAAAUACUUUUUUUUAGUUUUGGUUUAAUUCCAUUUAUCAGUUUUGACUCAUCAGCUUUCCUCUGUUAAGAGCCAGAUGUGAAACGAGCUCAUCAGCACAGUACUGUCAUACCACACACAAUUUAUAAGACCACACCAGUUUUACACUCACGCAGUAACUACAUGAUAUUAUCUCACUACCAUUUUCCACUGCAAAGCAUCUGAUGUUCUCUUUUUGGCUUAUUGAUGGACUAACAGCUGUUGAUUGGUGUACUGUAGUUCUCCUUGUAUCCAUGUAUUAUCAUGUCUGUUUGUUUGUUUGCAUUAUGUUGAGUUAAACAUUUCUGUUAAAGACAAAAGAAGUUGUUCGACUCAGACCUCAGACUGUUUUUCAAGAAGGGAAACCACCAAAACAAGUCAGUGAGUUAUGAUAGUGGUUUUUCCAACGACGGUCACAUUUUCCUGCAAAUCAAACACAGAGUGAAGAUGUCACGCGUCUUGGUGGUAAAAGUGCAUCUAAAAGCAUGUUUCUUGUCUUGCUGUGGUGUGUUGAUAUUGA